UCUAGUGCUGAAGCUAGCGGAGCUAGAGAAUAAAAAUGACAACUUUCAUGGCUUCCAGACGAUUCCGUCCUCCUCUUUCAUUUCAUCGUUUGAUAAACCCUAAACCCAUCUCUUCUUCACUGUCUCGAUUUCCCAAUCCACCUGAUAAUCAAAGUCGAAACAUUUCCGAUUCGACUUGUGAAGUCACCUCAGAACUACAAUAUCCACAUACAACCUCUGCAACGGUCCACUCACCUUCGAUUCCAAUCCUAAAUACUGAUAAUCAAGGCGAUGAUGAUGUGAACGACGCCCGUGUAAUACAAGUGCUUCUAGGUCGUAGGAACGACCCUGUCUCGGCUCUUCAGUAUUGCAAUUGGGUUAAGCCUUUACCUCGUCUUUAUGAGGAAGGUGGAGAUGUCUUCUGGGUACUCGUUCAUAUCUUAUUUACUUCUCCUCACACGCACGAUCGCGCCAGCAAUUUGCUCGUUAUGUUCGUUUCUAGCAGCAACCCAACUGUAACUCCAAGCGUCAUGGUUAACAAUUUGGUUGAUUCGUCUAAAAGGUUUGGUUUUGAAGAACUAAGCUCACGAGCUUUCAAUUACUUGUUGAACGCUUAUGUUAGAAUUAGGCGAAUGGACUAUGCUGUAGAUUGUUUUGAUUUGAUGGUUGAACGAAAUGUGGUUCCUUUUGUGCCUUAUGUGAACAACGUUUUAAGAUCUUUAGUUCGAAGUAAUCUGAUUGGUGAGGCUAAGGAGGUUUAUAAUAAGAUGGUUUUGAUUGGUGUUGGUGGUGAUAAUGUUACCACUCAGCUGUUGAUGCGAGCUAGUUUGAGAGAGCGAAAUCCCGAAGAGGCUGUGAGAAUUUUCAGGAGAGUGAUGAGUAGAGGAGCAGAAGUAGAUGGUUUGUUGUAUAGUUUUGCUGUUCAAGCUGCUUGUAAGAUGCCUGAUUUGGUUUUGGCGAUGGAUUUGUUGAGAGAAAUGAGGGAGAAGUUAGGUGUCCCUGCCUCUCAGGAAACGUAUACUAGUGUGAUUGUGGCUUGUGUGAAGGAAGGUAAGAUGGAGGAGGCCGUGAGGGUUACAGAUGAGAUGGUUGGUUUUGGGAUCCCGAUGAGUGUUAUUUCUGCAACGAGUUUGAUUACUGGAUAUUGCAAGGGGAAUGAGUUGGGUAAGGCUUUGGAUUUUUUUAAUAGAGUGGAGGAGGAAGGGCUGGCUCCUGACAAAGUUAUGUUUUCGGUUAUGAUUGAAUGGUUCUGUAAGACUAUGGAUAUGGGAAAUGCUGUUGAGAUUUACAAGCGGAUGAAAGCUGUAGGGAUUGCUCCUUCAUCUGUUCUUGUCCACACAAUGAUCCAAGGGUUUUUGAAAGCCGAGUCACCUGAAGCAGCGCUAGAGAUUUUCAGUGACAGUUUUGAAACCUGGAUUGCUCACGGUUUCAUGUGUAACAAGAUCUUUCUAUUGUUAUGCAAGCAAGGUAAGGUUGAUGCUGCGACGAUCUUCUUGAGGAUGAUGGAAGAUAAAGGGAUUGAGCCGAAUGUUGUUUUUUACAAUAACUUGAUGCUUGCUCAUUGCAGGAUGAAAAACAUGGACUUGGCUUCUUCAAUAUUUUCAGAAAUGCUGCAAAAGGGUUUAAAGCCGAAUAACUUCACUUACUCCAUCUUGAUUGAUGGGUUUUUUAAGAAUCAGGAUGUACAGAGUGCUCGGGAUGUGAUCAAUAAGGUAGUUUCUUCCAAUUUCGAAGCUAAUGAAGUUGUAUAUAAUACGUUCAUCAAUGGGCUGUGCAAAGUUGGUCAGACAUCUAAAGCCAAAGAGAUGUUGCAAAAUUUGAUCAAAGAAGAGCGAUGUUCAAGGAGUUGCACGAGUUACAAUAGCAUCAUAGAUGGAUUUGUCAAAGAAGGUGAAACCGAUUCUGCUGUUGAAACGUACAGAGAGAUGAGUGGAAACGGUAUAUCCCCGAAUGUUGUGACCUUCACCAGCUUGAUCAGUGGAUUCUGCAAAAGUGACAGAAUGGAUCUAGCUCUUGAAAUGAUACAUGAAAUGAAAAGCAAGGAUUUGAAACUUGAUGUUCCAGCCUACGGUGCACUAAUAGACGGGUUCUGUAAAAAGCAUGACAUGAAAACCGCAUAUACUCUCUUCUCUGAACUCAUGGGACUAGGAUUGAUACCAAAUGUGUCUGUCUACAAUAGUUUGAUUUCAGGAUUCCGUGAUCUGGGAAAGAUGGAUGCAGCAAUUGACCUGUACAAGAAAAUGGUGAACGAUGGGAUAAGUUGUGAUCUGUUUACAUAUACAACGCUGAUCGAUGGGUUGUUGAAAGGCGGGAAUCUAAUCGCCGCAUCUGAUUUGUACUCAGAGUUGGUUGCUUUGGGGAUUGUCCCUGAUGAAAUCUUGCACAUGGUACUAGUCAACGGUCUUAGUAAGAAGGGACAGUUUGUGAGAGCAAGCAAGUUGUUAGAGGAGAUGAAGAAGAAAGAUGUGACUCCAAAUGUGUUAAUUUACAGCACUGUUAUUGCAGGACACCAUAGAGAAGGAAAUCUCAAUGAGGCUUUUAGACUUCAUGAAGAGAUGCUUGAGAAAGGUUUAGUACAUGAUGAUACUGUGUUGAAUUUACUCGUGAGUGGAAAAGUUGAGAAACCUCUUGCUAGCUGCAGCCAAGAUUCUGAUACUAUUUCACACUAUUCGGGUGCAUCAUACACUGGGAUACUACUAACCUAUAACUGUUGAUGUUGUAAGCCUUGUGCAGCAGAGAGGAGGGAUAAUAAAAAAAUGCUUAAUUUCCUAAUUAUACCCCAAAAUAAAUGUUAACUCCAAUAGUGAUUUUUUUGGCUGAAUAAAGUUAAAACCUUUACAACAACUCCUUCAACCAGGAGGUUUUGCAGCCGUAAUAUAUAUUUCUAAACAAAAAUAGAAAAAAAAUUUUCAUUCUUCUUCCAAAUCUUAGUUCUCUGAGUUGGUUCUUCUUCCUUUGUAACCUUCUCUUAGCCUAUGAUUUGCCUUUUCCUUGAGCUCUUGGUGAACUCUGGAUUAGGGAUUCUAUUUACUGUUUUCAUAAUUCCUGUUCAUCAUCAUCGAAUAACUUGUUUGCGGUAGGUUUUUAGUUAGGGAUUUAUAAAAAUCUUAAGUCUUUCCCGUCACAGUCUCAUAGAUUAGGGUUUUUAUUUCCAGCGGAAAUAGAGAGGGAAAAAUAGGAUUUUGUUCCAUUGGCAGUAUGGAUUUGUUGAGAAUAUGUGAUUUGCCCGAAGAUAUGCUGUUGCGGAUCUUACUCCUCGUCCCGACCAAAGAUGCAGUGGCCACUGGUAUCUUGUCUAAACGAUGGCGUUGCGCCUGGAAGAUGCUCCAUGAACUCGCCUUCAAAGACGACGACCAAAGGGGGGAGCGAGAGCUUUGGGUGGUUUGUUGACAAGACACUGCAACACCAUAAGGCACCGAAACUAGUAAGCCUGGUUGUCGAACUGGGUCGUCCACAAUGUCCUGUUGACGUAGAUGUCAGAAAGUGGGUUGACAAGGCUGUUAACCACGGUGUGAAAAAGCUAGAUUUCAAUCUCCUCUGGGCGACAGGAGAGCCCACAAGCUCUCCCUUAAGGUUUUUUUGUCUUCUUAUCAUCAGCAACUGCUUACAUGCCGGACAUAUAUCGACAAAGAAGUUCUUAGACAGCAACAGCUAUUAGGCAGUUAUCCCAUUGCAUCACAAGCAUUACUUUCUACCCAAUUCUGUUAACAAGCGGGUACACUUUAGUCCUCUCAGACGAACUAACACAAGACAGAAUCAUUACCAAGCUAUAUCCCGUCUCCAACCUUCAGUGAUGCCCCUGCAUCAAAAUCACUCUCCUGGCAUUUAGGCUCAGAUACCAAGACUACCCUUAAAAGGAAAUCCACAGUUGCACCAAGCUCCAAAGAUUCAAAAGCUUUCACAAAGACAUCUGGAGUUUUCCAUCUAUUAGGUGAUGAAGAAAACAUUAUAAACAAGAAGCCUUUGCCUGGUUCUCAGGUCUCAGGUGUUACUGCAGUAUCCACUGUCACAAAGCCCGCAUACGGUGUUGCCCAUAAGGUAAAUCUUAAGAGUUUACAAUUUUUACAUGGAACAAAUGUCCCAUGAAUCGAGUAGUUAAUUGGCUUAAUUAUAUUCGGCAACUAAUUAAAUGAAAGAGCUGUAUAUUUAUUAUAUGAGCGGUUUUGAUAAGACAAGUUUGUGGCUUCCUCAGGAUUUGGAGGUUCCCAAACUUCUGGCAGCACACAAGUCACUUGACAAUAACCCACGACGAGAGAUCAUUCAAGCUCCUGUCCGGACAAAGAGUGUUCUU